CUGAGCUAAUAUUUUGAAUGAAAUAUUUAAUUUUACAUCUAACUAAAACAAAUAGCAGAUAUAUUUUUAUUAAACGCAGUAUAGUGAUCACGACGACAUCUUCGUAGCGUCUACCAAUUUGUUGUGUUCAUCAUGGCUUCGACGGAAUCCUUGGUAUGUGACACACUCGAUCUUAGUGGUCAGAAUCUGAAGAAGCUUGCCCGUUGUCCGUCAGAUGCAAGUAUCAAUACAUUGAUCUUAGACGAUAAUGAACUUCAACGUCUUGAUAAUCUUGAUUCUUAUCACAGGAUUACUAAGCUCUCCAUAGUAAGAAAUCAAUUGUUACGUAUGUAUGGAGUAUCGAAGUUACAUAAUCUUGUAACACUUAAUUUAGCAAAUAAUGGUAUUUUGACUAUAGAGGGUAUAAAGAAUAUGGUAAAUUUGCAAACAUUAUGUUUAGCUGGUAACAACAUAAAGUCUAUCGAACAUUUACACACAAACACUAAAUUAGAGCAUUUGGAUUUGUCUGAAAAUAGUAUUAGUCAUGUUUCAGACAUUUCAUAUCUACAAAACUUGAAGGAACUUUUUUUACAUAACAAUCGUAUAAUAACUUUACGACAGUGCGAACGCUACUUACCCACAUCUUUAGAAACAUUUACAUUAGCUAACAAUAAUAUUACUGAUUUAAAUGAAAUGUCGCAUUUAGCUAAUUUAAAAAAUUUAGUUAAUUUUUCAAUUGCUAAUAAUCCGUGCGUUAGUGUGGCAGGUAACAGUAUUGGUUUUGAUUAUCGACCUUUUGUUAUCAAUUGGUGUAUGAGCUUGAAAUCAAUUGAUGGCUAUCCUGUUGAUCCUCUUGAAAGCUUAAAGGCAGAGUGGCUAUAUUCUCAGGGACGAGGUAGACAAUUUCGUGUUGGUGAACAUGCUCUGCUUGCACAGUAUUUAGCAUCUGUGUGCCCUCUUUCUGGUGAAUCCCUAGAAAAUGAAACUGACAGGAAGCUUAGGCUGAUUUUAAGUAAAGCACAGCAUCAUCAACAACAAUUAAAUCAACAAAGUGAUACUGGAAGUGUGCACAGCUUAAGUAGCGUCGGAAUGAGUCCUUCUCCAGCCGCUAGGCGUAGACUUAGUCAUAACAGGACAAGUUCUCCUAGACGUACCAUUGCGCCAAUGUUGACAUACUAUGAAGAUAAAUGCUUACAAUCGCCAAAAUUUUAUGAAGCAAAGUACUGCGUGUGCCAUACACCUUGUAAAGGUACAACAAGAAAUUCAUUAAGAAUAAGAUCACCAGAUAGGAUGAUAUCUAGUUGUCAUACUGAUGCUAUGGUUUCUUCAUGCCACACCUUGUUAAAUGAAGAUCAUGAGUCAUUAAUGACCCAAAGUUUAGAUCCAAAUAUGCUUAGUGGCACUUUAGGCAAUAAAGUAUUAAAUCCUGCUAUUCCACAUGAUGUAGAAGAAACGUCUAGUCCUCUUCAAGCUGCAACAAAAUUAGUACCAGUUCCAGAAUCUUUAAUGAGUCCAGAUUUUCGUCCACCUUCUGGUCUGUCAAGAGUCCUAGCAAAAACUCCGCCAAGCAAAUUAACGUCACCUUGCCAAGUUACUGUACCUGGUAAAUCCACUGUUGAUGGAGAUGCCAAAGUUAUUCCAAUAAUAAACACAGUAAAUCCUAUGGCAAAAACGAAUCUUAGUGCUGUAAAAGCAAAUGCGCUCGUAAAAAGUAAUUCUGCGACAAACUGCAGUAUUGGAAAACCAAAUAUUGCUAAACCUAUUAUCACAAGUAGUACUAAUAAAUGUCCCCAUAGUGUCAAAAUUAAUAAUUAUGUUCAAAGCAAGACGUUACCUGCAAAACGAGCUUCAAAGAAUUCACCAAAUUUAGGCAGAAACAUACAAAGGCCAAAAAGUGCAAAUGACAGAAUUAAAAACAGUAUGCUUAAAAAAAGCGGAGACGGAGAUGCAGGUAACGCUACUCAGAGCAGUGAUGAAGAUAGCGAAAUGUGUCAAGCAAAAUUAGACGGUAUUCGACAUAGAGCUAUUCAAAGAAGACAAGAAGAUAGUAACAAAGAUCAAGAUGAAGCUGAAAAAGCAGCAAUAUGCAUUCAAAGAAUGUGGAGAGGAUAUCACACUAGAAACCUUAAUAAAAAAGCAACGAAUAUACUGAAGACUAUUGAGAUGAUAAGGACAAAUAAAUAUAUCCAAAAACUAUCUACUGACAUGGAAGCUACUAGAACUGCUUUAGAAAGCGAACAUAAACUACAACUAUUACAAAUGCAAGCAAUUAAUGCAUUAUGGAAAAAAGUAGUUAGUCUUCAACCUACUGCUAAUCGAGAUUCUACAGGCAGUGAUAAUGAAAACAUUGCACAAAACGUAGAUGUUGUAACUAAUUUAGCACAGACAUGUAAUUUGUUGCAUACUCAGGUGCAACAAUUACAAGAUUCUAUGUCAGAAAUAAAACGAUGCAUGUCAAGUAUGCAGUCAAAACCAAAUCUUAUUGAUAAUGGUGUCGCGACUCAAACAGAGAUAUCCGCUGUUCAUACCCCAGCAGGUGAAGAAAACACAUUUCCAUAUGCACGACCGCAUAGACCGCAGACUUUACCAAUUCAUCAAACUAUUCAUGAAGGAAAUGAAAAUAAAAGUUUUGCAUCUAAUUUGAUUGACUGUGUGCUAAAAAAAGUUUCUCAGUCUACAGAUACGACAGACGAUGAAGUUAAUACUGACAUCUUAAAUUCAAAUGAAAAUCCAGAAUUACUGAAUUCAAAUGAACAUGCUGAUAUGUUCAAAAGUUGCGAAGAAAUAGAACCUGAUUUCAAGGAUGUAGUAGAACAAGAUGCAAAAAAUCAGUAUGACAUAAUCGAUAAUGCUGCUUUGAACGGUGAAGUUUGUGAGGAAACAUUAUGUAAGGAAUUGCACAAUUUAAUUGAAACAGAAAUUACAGCAGAAAAUUGUACAGAUCUUAAAAAAGAAGAUAGUGGGGAGGAAAUUGAAAGUGAACAGCAUUAAUUUGAGAAAAAAUUUAUAGAAACGAUAUUAAAAAUAAAAAUGAAGGUUUAAAGUUAGAGGAACUGAAACAACGGAAAACGAAUAUAAAUUUUAGUGAAUGAUGCUGGAUUUACGAGUAAAAUUGAUACAUUUGUAACUAAAAAUAUUUUCUGUACAUAAAUUCAGACGGUAGCCUUAACUGUACUAAUAUAAUAAAAUUUAGUGCUUUUAGUCGCAUGUUUCUUAUAAUUCACGAUCAAAAAAUCAGAUACUUCCAUUAGAAUUCGAGAACAUGUCACGUUAUAUAGUAAAGAAAAUCAAGUGUCGGUAAUAUUACUUUAACAAAUCAUGCCGUAACAUUGUUUCAAUUAUGGAACUUGAAGCAAAGGCGUGUAUUGCAUUCAAAAAUUUGUCCGUCCACAUAUCUGGCUUCUGAAAAUUGAUCGAUGUAUGAAAUGUGUUCUAGUAAUAUUAUACACGAUAAAACGCUUUGCUCUUUCUUUGAAAGAUUAGAAGACAAAGAUUACUGUACAAGUAAAUUGUACAAUUGGCACCAUGAUUCUCAAUACUCGUAAAUUCUCAGAAUGAAGUAAUUUAUAAAAACCAGAAAACUGCAAUACGUACAUGCAUUCCCUCGUAAUUAUUUAACUUUUAUUAAAAAGCUUACCAAACAAUAUUUCGUAGAUAAUUAUUGAUUUUACGUAUUUAUUUUUGUAUUUAUUAAAUAGUAUAUGUAUAUGUCAGUGAAGGCUGACAUUGACCCAAAGGUAGUUAAUGACAAUUUUUAAUCUAGUCACAGCUUAUGCUUCUACACUAAUUAUUGUAGAUAUUAAUUGAAACUUGUUAUAUAAAUAUACAAUGUUACUAAAAGAUAAUUACACUCGAAACCUUCGAACGAAAAUAGGUAACUGUUGAAAAUUACGUAUUUUCAAUGAUAACAAAAAAUUGCAAUUAGUGACUUUUCUACGUAUAUGUCUACUUUUUAAGUUCUAUUAUUAAAAAUAUUUAUUUGACAUAAAUUGUUGCCGUUAGAAUACUAAUAGAGUGAAAAAACUGAAUGUAUGAGCCUUUAUUAAAAUAAUAUUUAUUUUGUGUGAUACGCGUUUAUCGUGAUAUGUCGUAUAAGAUAUUUUAACGCUCAGCAUUGUUAAGACCUUGAUAUAAGUGUUUAAUAAAUGACACAGUAAAUAGUUGUUUAUAACAGCAUUUAAUUUUAUGUAAUUGACUUCUGUAUGUACUGUUUAUCUUAGUACAUUAAUAUUUUGUAUUAGAAUACACAAUUCUAAAUAUGAUAAAAAAUAAUUAAAUAUGACAAAAUUUGUAACAGAAAAAUUUAUUACAUAGAAUGAGUAUUUAAUGUGAUAUAAGCAUGCUUCAUGUGUUCCUUUUAACUUUUAAUAAAACAAGAUUUUACGUUUAAUAGCAUUUUCGCACAUGAUUCCAAUAUUGAAUGUUAUAUUUUAAUUUAUUUUUAUACACCUAAUACGGAAAUUAUUACCAAAAAAUACAACUACACUUAAAUAGAACUGCACAAUAUUAAAAUAAAUA